AUGGCGCAUGACACAAUACUAAGUUCAUACCAAUUUCCUAGCACAAAAGUUGAACUGGACAAGAUGAAAGAUGUUCCAUAUGCUUCUGCAGUUGGAUCCAUAAUAACUAAGGAUAUGUUCCCCGUCUAUGGAGGCAUGAAAGAAAGCUUAAGUGUAAAAUGCUACAUUGAUGCUUCCUUCACAACUGAACGAGAUGACUGCAAGUCACAAUCACGAUAUGUAUUCAUUAUCAAUGGUGAUGCAAUGUCUUGGAAAAGCUCUAAAAAGAGUGUUGUUGCACAAUCCACUACAGAGUCAAAAUACAUCGCUGCUUCAGAAGUUGCACAAGAGGCUACUUGGAUGAAGAAAUUCGUUGGAGAUCUAGGCGUAUUUCCUUCCAUUUAG